AUGCGGCCUACAGCACGAGUGCAGUGGUGGGACAGUACCGAUGUAUGGGUUCUCUGCCCCUUCUGCGACAUUAUCCACCGUCAUGGGUUCUCCGGAGACCCCACAGACUACAACAAGCGGCAUCCACGUCUUUCUCAUUGUGUUCGCCGAAUCCCACGCGGCCUGGAAUCCCAAUAUGAAUAUUCGUUCCCCAGCUGCGGCGCGUACGAAGUUGACAAAUCCAACGCCUUGUUUGUGACAGCUGGUGCCGAUCCAUCUCAAUAUCUCGCAAAACACGGAACCUACAUCUCUACCCCUCAUUACCGGGAGGAGAUCAUGGCAUGCCCAAAAUGGUGCGAUGCAAUUGAAACGAUCCGUAUCUCCAAGGACUACACAAGCAAACAACUUCCAUGCGUAGUCCAAGACGUUAUCUGGGGCAACGUCCAAGCCGUGCGCGAGUAUCUGGAGUCUUCUCAAGAGGCUGAUUUUCUCGCUCCUGAGCAAGAAGUCAACAUGACUGGACGAACAGCACUUCACAUGGCAGCCUGCGAGCAAUUUCCAGAAAUGCUCGAACUUCUCCUAGAGAAAGGAGCAAAUACGAACGCAAGGGAUCUCGAAGGCCGAACCCCCCUAGCUGAAGCUGCUCUCUGGGGACGCUUGGAGAACGUACAAGUCCUGCUGCGACAUGGGGCAAGGCAGGACUUUGAGUACGUUCGCAAUGGCCAGCAACUCCAAGUCAUUGACUUCGCAAGGUAUCUCGAAGACAACGUCGAAGAACGCUAUUAUCGAUCUGGAGGCAGUGUGCAAGUCUACAGAGAGAACACACACGACCGAGAUCUCGAUCGAAAAGCGAUCGUACGCUUGCUCAACAACGGCAUGUCUUUGCAAAACGACCGCAGCGCCAUCCUAAGCGGUCUUUUCUUCACGAGUCCACCUCAAAACGAAGCAAUGAAGAGGAUGAUCGCUCAUUUUGACUUGCCGAACAAGUGGAAGACAAUUGGAGUGCUGUACCGAAACGGCAAUUUCCCCCUUGUGGCUGCGAUGAGCGGUUGGUCACACGGAACAGAUUACCAAGGCAACAUACAUGUUUCGGGCCGCGAUUGGACAGACAAGGCACGGCGGCUAUGCGAACGAGUCGGCUUUGAUCCUGAUCCGCAUAUAUACGACCAGGGCGACCCCGGACGGUAUCACGCGUGCCACGCAGAAAAGCAGUUAAUCGCCUACUUCGUGGAGAAACACUGGUUCCCCCGACUGGACGGCAACGAGUUACUUCACUCGCUGGACCUGAGCUUUCAACAGAUGUCGAUGGAAGAAAUGAGUCAGCCCGAGAGUGAAGGACUGCUGGAAAGCAGACUCGCAAGGCUGCAGAAAGUGAGGCCAAAUGACGGAUUAACAAGCGCCACAAUUGUCGUUUGUCGGCCAAGGUGUAAUGACUGCGCGCGCUUUUUGGAGAGAGUAAACCUGAGUUUAGGUUUAAACAUCCGUGUGCUUCAUCGUUGCGUCGAGCCUGACUGUCAGCUGUGCAGCAAUUAA